AUGCCUCGUGCCCCACAGAAAUGGACCCCAGAGGAGGACAAGCUCCUCUGCCGAGAAGUCCACAAUCAGUGUGAGUUGGGUCGCAAUAGUGUUUCACACAUAUUAGGUCUAACUCCAUUCCGUGCUCUAGUAUCCGAAGGCAGAGUAAGAGACUGGCGAUCAAUAGCAGACAAGAUUCCGGGUCGGACGAAUAAAGAUUGUCGCAAACGGUGGCACAAUGUGCUUUCCGGUGGUUUGAACAAGGGGUACUGGACAGAGGAGGAAGACAAGCUGUUGACACACGCGGUGCAAAUACAUGGAGAGACAUGGACGGUGGUUGCGGAUGUCGUCAAAACACGAAGCGCAGAUCAAUGUGCCAAGCGAUGGAAGCAAUGUCUCGACCCACAACUCGACCGCAGUGAAUGGACAGAACUCGAGAACCGACGAUUGAUGGAGGCAUGUGCUGCCAAGGGACGACGAUGGAAAGAGAUUCAGAUGGAGCAUUUCCCUACCCGGUCACGAAACUCGAUCAAGAAUCAGUAA